AUGUCAAGCAGUCUUUACAAUAAAAUAUGGAGGGAUACACAAGAAAAGUUAACUGAUAUACUGGCUCAUGAGCCAGACGCAGAAACACAAAAGCCUGAAAAGGACCGUGCUGUAGCAUUCCAGACUCUAGCAACAUUUUACAUAAAGUACAUACAGAUAUUUCGAAAUCUUGAACGAUGUUAUGAUCAAGUUGUUCAUCCUCAAAAGAGACGUCUUCUAAGAAUCCUUUUGGACUCAGUUAUUGGAAGAUUUCUAGAAAUAAAGAGGGAAAUGGUGAAGCUAGAACUUUCCGAUUAUCACUAUUUUGAUGAUAUUCUCAUAGACCUGAAGCUGACACCAAAUGAUGUGGAAAUACCAAUACCGAAAUACUUCGUCAACGAAAAUUUCAGAGCACUUAGAGAUAGAGAACAUUUUCUGGACCAUCUUUUGGCGAGCACAAAGACCGACGAAGCGAAGGAAGAAGAAAUCACAAUGACUGUUGAAGAAGCUAUAUGUUUAAUUCAACGACAUGAACGUGCACGCCAGGGAAGGAUAAGAGCUAAGUUUAUGAAAGAAAUUCGUCGACAAGAAGAGGCUGAAAAAGCAAAAGACGGAGACAAAAAGGUUUAUACACCUGAUGAAGCAGCAAUAAUGUUUCAGAAGUUAUGGCGAGGUUUUCGUUGUCGUAAAAUGGUCCGUGAAAUACGUAAUAAAGAACUUAUUUGGCUUGGAAUGACACCAUCAAAUUUACAUCAUAUUGUACAAAAAUCUAGUAUAGUGAAACUAGCAAAUCGAGUAGAUGCUGUGCGUAGAGUAACCCAGAAUAUCUAUGAACAAGAAUAUCAACAAGCUUUAAUCAAUGUAAAAGAGAAAAUUCGUGAUACUGAAGGUCCAGAUAUGCGUGAAACAAUGCAAGAUGAAAUACGUCAAUGGUUUAUUGAAUGCAGAGAUGCAACGGGUAAAUUCCCUGACUAUCCAGAAGAAGAUGAAGGAGGUUCUGCAGUGAUUUUCAAAGAAAAGACUCCAGAAGAACUAGAAAGAGAAUUACAAGAAAAGGAGGAGACAUCUCAAAAGGGAAAAGCAAAGGACAAAGGGAAAGUGAAAAAACCUUCUCCUAAAAAGGGUGAUAAACAGAAGAAGAAAAAAGGAGAGGAGGAAUCGGAAGGUUUCAAAAUCUCACCCUCAGCGUUUCUUGGUGAUUUGCACGAAGGCUGCCAUAGUUAUCAAGUGCUAUGGAAAAAUCGUGAUGAAUCAGAUAAUUUUCAGCAACAUCAUGAUGAAGAAAUUAUUAAGGAAGAAAAACGAACUGAAGUUGAAGCAGAAAUACGCAUUCAGGUUGAUGAAUUACUUCGUCAAGAAUUAAGAAAUUUAAAAAUUGCAAUUGACAAAGAACGUGUAAAACGUGUCACUAAGAAAAGAUCAAAAAAAGGGAAAAAGGGUAAAAAAGGCAAAAAGAAAAAAGAGAAAGAUCUUACACCAGAUAGGACACUUAUUUCUCUCUAUGAAGAGUUAGUAUUAGCUGGGAUAAUAAAAAAAGUUGAAAAGUGUUCAAUGAAUGAAUAUUAUGGCGAAUAUUCGUAUUUAGGUACAACAUUAAGGCAAGCUAAUAUUGAACCACAACCAUCACUUAGUGAUGUUCGUCGAUUAGUUACAGAAUAUGCUAUACUACCAUUAGGUUCCCAAACUGUUCAUGGAAAGGCACCAUGGAUAAAAUCGCUUCUAUUGGCUGGUCCACAUGGAACUGGUAAACGUACAUUGAUCAAUAUUAUAUGCACUGAAACUGGAGCUAAUCUAUUUGAUUUAUCUGCAGAAAAUAUAGUUGACAAGUAUCCUGGAAAAGAUGGUCUAAGAAUGUUAAUACAUCUUGUCUUCAAAGUUGGACGACUUUUACAACCAUCAGUAAUAUUUAUUAAUGAUUGUGAAAAAAUGUUUAAAAAGAAACUUCCAAAGACAGACCUUACUGACCCAAAAAGACUUAAAAAGGAACUGCCGAAAGCGAUGAAAAUUUUAACACCAAAUGAUCGUGUCCUACUUGUCGGUUGUUCAUCAGCACCAUUUGAAGCAGAUAUACGACCGUUUUGUAAUUUAUAUCAAAAGAUUAUUCUUAUACCAAGACCAGAUUAUUCUUCAAGAAACAUUAUUUGGAGAGCACAAAUUAUACGUCACGGUGGAAUACUUAGCGAAGAUUUAGACAUAACUUCAUUAUCAAAAAUAUCUGAUGGUUAUACAGCUGGUCAUAUUGCCUAUGCAUGUAGUCAAGUGAUCACAGAAAGGCGUAUUGCUCAGUUAGCCAGAAAGCAUUUAAAAGCUGCAGAGUUUAUCACUCCACUGGCACAAGUGGAACCAGUAUUUGCAGAGGAAGAAGAAGCCUAUAAGACAUGGUAUCGAAAAACGCCACUUGGUAAACAGAAAACUUUAGCUAUCCAGGCUGAAAAUGAAAUUGCCUCUAAUGGAGGUAAAAAGAAACCUGAUAAACGUGGAAAAAAAUAG